UAAAAGUGCGAUGCGAGCACACUUCUUGCCUUUACACUUGCGCUCUUUUUCUCCGCGUUUCAUCACUAAACAUUCUCACUUCCCAACCACUUUCCAAUACUCCACAACUUCCAUCAUGUCUUACCGUCCCAAUUCUCAAGGCGGCGGCCGUCGUGGUGGCAGCAGCCGCGGCGGAGGAGGUCGCGGCGGGGGUCGACGUGGCGGCGGUGGCGGUGGACGAGGUGAACAAAGAUGGUGGGACCCUGUUUGGCGUGCUGAACGCCUUAAACAAAUGCAAGGAGAGGUAGAGGUAUUUGAUAAGAAUCAUUGGUGGGGAAAGAUGGAGGAAAUGAAGAAAGGAGGAGAGGUGGAGUUGGUAAUAAAACAUUUCUUUAGUAGAGCUGAUCAACAAACAGUUUCAGAUAUGGCGUAUCAGCUUGGCCUUUAUUUUCAUGCAUACAACAAAGGCAAGGCACUUGUGGUGAGCAAAGUUCCAUUACCGAAUUACCGGGCUGAUCUUGAUGAGCGCCAUGGAUCUGCACAGAAAGAGAUACACAUGUCUACAGAAACUGAGAGACGAGUUGAGAAUCUGUUGGAUAGUUCAACAGGGACUCAGAAAGUUGAUAACAUUUUGGGUACAUCCAUUCAGAGUGUUAAAAAAUUACCUCAAGAAUCAGAUAAAACUGCUAGAAUAUCAGUUUUGGAGAGAGAUAGUGCCAAAAAGGCACUUAGUGUUGAACUCAAAGAAAGACAGGAAAAGCAGAAGGAACUUGAACGUGUUAAGGCAAUGUGUGUAUUUAGAGAGAAGCUUCCUGCCCACAAAAUGAAAUCCGACUUUUUAAAAGCCGUUGCUGCAAAUCAGGUAUUAGUGGUUUCUGGGGAAACAGGGUGUGGCAAAACUACUCAGCUUCCUCAGUUCAUUUUAGAGGAGGAAAUAUCUUCUUUACGUGGUUCUGACUGUAAUAUCAUAUGCACCCAACCUCGCCGUAUAUCUGCUAUAUCUGUUUCUGCCCGAAUAUCCAAUGAAAGGGGAGAAAAUCUUGGUGAAACUGUCGGUUAUCAGAUCCGUUUGGAGUCAAAACGUUCUGAACUAACAAGAUUAUUGUUUUGUACAACAGGAGUGCUGCUUAGGAAAUUGGUUCAAGACCCGAGCUUAACAGGAAUCAGCCAUUUGCUGGUUGAUGAAAUUCAUGAAAGAGGAAUGAAUGAGGAUUUUCUUUUAAUAAUUUUGCGUGAUCUUCUCCCUAAACGGCCAGACUUACGACUUAUAUUGAUGAGUGCUACUAUUAAUGCUGACUUGUUCUCCAAAUAUUUUGGGAAUGCCCCAACCAUUCACAUCCCGGGGUUGACAUUUCCUGUGCAAGAGCUAUUUCUAGAAGAUGUACUUGAGAAAACCCGUUAUGCAGUGAAAUCAGAGUCCGAUAGUUAUCAAGGAUAUUCUAAGAGGCGUAGGAGACAACAAGAGUCUAAGACUGAUCCCAUCACUGAGCAAUUCGAGGAUGCGGACAUCAGUUCUGUAUACAAGAGCUACAGCGCAAAUACGAGACAAUCUCUGGAAGCUUGGUCUGGUUCAGAAACAGACUUGGGUCUUAUAGAAGCAACAAUCGAGUAUAUCUGCCGGCAUGAAGGUCCAGGGGCUAUUCUGGUGUUUCUUACUGGUUGGGAUGAAAUCUCAAAGCUGCUUGACAAUGUGAAAAUCAACAAUUUUCUUGGUGAUCCUACAAAGUUUCUUGUCCUUCCUCUUCAUGGUUCAAUGCCUACUAUCAACCAACGUGAAAUAUUCGACCGCCCUCCUCCAGGCAUGAGGAAAGUGGUUUUAGCGACUAAUAUCGCUGAGAGUAGUAUAACCAUAGAUGAUGUGGUUUAUGUUAUUGACUGUGGAAAAGCUAAGGAGACUAGUUAUGAUGCUUUAAACAAGCUGGCUUGUCUACUACCAUCAUGGAUAUCAAAAGCUUCAGCACAUCAGAGACGUGGUCGUGCUGGUCGUGUACAGCCUGGAGUAUGUUAUAGACUGUAUCCGAAAAUGGUCCAUGAUGCUAUGCUCCAGUAUCAACUACCUGAAAUUCUCCGAACACCUUUACAAGAACUGUGCUUGCAGAUAAAGAGCCUGCAACUUGGAGCCAUUGGAUCUUUCCUGGCUAAGGCACUCCAGCCCCCUGAUGCUCUUUCGGUUCAAAAUGCCAUUGAACUUCUUAAGACCAUUGGGGCUCUAGAUGAUACAGAAGAGCUCACUCCACUUGGACGUCAUUUGUGCACUCUCCCAGUGGAGCCAAAUAUAGGGAAGAUGCUUCUUAUGGGGUCAAUUUUCCAAUGUGUUAAUCCUGCAUUGACAAUUGCUGCUGCUCUUGCAUCUCGCAGCCCAUUUGUCCUUCCAAUUAAUCGGAAAGAGGAAGCUGAUGAUGCAAAAAGAUCCUUUGCCGGUGAUUCAUGCAGUGACCACAUAGCUCUUCUUAAAGCAUUUGAAGGGUGGAAGGAAGCAAAAAGGUCUGGAAGUGAAAGAUCGUUCUGUUGGGAAAAUUUCUUGUCAAUGCAAACCAUGAAAAUGAUAGCGGACAUGAGGCUCCAGUUUUUGGAUUUACUGUCGGAUAUUGGCUUUGUAGAUAAAUCCAAGGGUGCUAAUACUUAUAACCAAUACAGUGAUGACAUGGAGAUGGUAUGUGCUGUACUAUGUGCUGGUCUGUAUCCAAAUGUCGUUCAAUGCAAAAGAAGAGGAAAACGAACAGCCCUUUAUACCAAAGACGUCGGGAAAGUCGAUAUCCAUCCUUCAUCGGUCAAUGCCGGUGUCCAUCUUUUCCCUCUUCCUUACAUGGUUUAUAGUGAAAAGGUGAAAACCAGCAGCGUAUACGUUCGAGACUCCACAAACAUAUCAGAUUAUGCUCUUCUAAUGUUCGGUGGUAAUCUCAUUCCAAGCAAAAAUGGAGAUGGUAUCGAGAUGCUCGAUGGGUACCUCCAGUUUUCUGCAUCCAAGAGUGUGCUGGGAUUGAUAAAGAAACUACGAGGAGAAGUAGAUAGAUUGUUGAAACGGAAGAUCGAAGAUCCAAAGGUUGAUGUAAAUGUUGAGGGAAAAGGAGUUGUUGCUGCUCUUGUCGAGUUACUGCACAACCAGAAUGUUCGUUAUUAAGAAUUUGUUUUAGUUUCUAUAAUCAGUUUAGCACACACUGGAUCUUCAUACACAGAUAAUUGAAUCAGGUAUUUGAUGUUUUUUAUAUGCCAUGUGUUCAUUAAGAUGAUUUUAGAGCAA